AUGGCAGUCCUCUCACUUCCCCUCACUUUUACAAAUUCCUUUUGGUCCCAGGACUACCGGGGAGGGCUACAUGUUCUGUUUGAUAAGCUUGAACAAGGAGUUCACGAAAACGACGAAAUCAUCGCGUUUAUAAGAGCUCGCGCGAACAUCGAAGCAUACCUUGCCAACAGUCUCAUCAAUCCAAUUCUCACUGGCCGACCAGGCACCGGUUUCUCCGCUGAUGAUGGUGUUUCCUUACUCAUGGCUUUCCGGGGGCUUCAGGCCGAGUCCAUUGCCCAGGGCCAGGCUCACAGGAGCAUAUCCAAAGAACUUACUACUCUAGUGGCAGACCCCUUCAAUGAAUGGGCCCAAGAUUACAAGGAACGCCUCAGGGCAAACAGGGUUUCCAUCAUGGACAACUGGCUUCGUUUGUAUGAGCAGUCUCAAGGAGACGUCGCAAAACUCAAACAUCAGUACCUUGCAAAGACACGCCGUGCUGAUGAAGCAGAAGACGAUGCAAAGUUUGCGCCCCACAGUAAUGGAAUUUCUGACAAAUACACUUCUUCGCCGAGAAUACGUCCCGCAGACGGACAUCGUACUCCUCCUCAACGCACGGCAAGCGUUUCGGAGCGCAUAGCUCAGCGACUCAAGGAAAUCCAAAAGAAGAGCACCGAUGCUCUAACUGUUGCAACUUCUACUGAAGAUCCUAACGCUUCUUCAGAUUCGCUUGACGAAACGCCGCUCCCGAAGGUAGACAAAGGAAAAGCGAAGGCCGUAGACACUAUCCCGGAAAUCUCAUCCCCUCCCCAGAUGUCACCCCUACUUCCGCCCAGGGUUGAAAUCCCGUCCUCUCCGACUCCACCCAUGCCUCCGCCACCUAUCCUUUUAGCAGGUCUUUCUCUUCCGGUUGCCGCAAUUUCCCAGUUGCUUACACGAGCAGCGGCUGAGCUCCCUCUCAGACCCGUGCGCUUCCCCCUACUCGGAGAGUACCAAGAUGCCUUCACGGGAGAAGAAUUUGUGGCGUGGUUAAACGAGAAUGUUCAAGGCUUUGGUGGCAGCCUCGACCGCUCCGAAGAAGCGGCAAGAGAUUUGACGGAACGGGAGGGUCUUUUACGAAGGCUUGGCGAAUUUGGGAACCACUUCGAGCAUUCUGAUGAUGCAUUUUAUCAAUUUCGACCAAAGGCAUUUGACCUGCAAGCCAGCGGCACAGAAACUGCCUUGAAAGCAUCGCAACCAGACAACUUACUCAAACGGACUGGAACCUUCGUCAGCCUCGUAAGUAAGGCGUUGAAUAACAGCUCAAAUACUGAGCCAGCCUACCUACGGGCGAGGAACGAGGCCGAUGAAGCUGACAGGACGUACAGAGUUGCUGUACGAAGGCUUGACAGACAACGGCUUGGGCUUGAGGAAAGGAUUGAGGAAGUUCUAAAGCUGUUACAAAGAUGGGAAACAGAGAGGUUAAGAGCCGUGAAAACAGUCCUUCUUCAAUAUCAAGGAACUCUAGCGAACUUCCCUAAAUCAAUUGAACCCUCGAUAGAGCGAUCUGCGACUCUCAUCGCCGCGUAUCAGCCAGAGUCGGACUUGACAGCUUUAAUUGAGCGUUACCGCACGGGACCAUUUAGACCAGCACCUCAAGUUUAUGAAUCCGUCGCACAUGAUGAGUCGGACGUUGUUUUCGGUAUUGACCUCCGAAAAUGGGCAGAGGGUGGCUGGUAUGCCCUCACGACUGGAGAAGAAAAGAAAGACACAAUUCCACCGGUCCUUGGGGCACUUUUGAAUGGGCUGAAUAAUGCUUACGCGCGCCUCCCGAACGAUGACGAGAAACGCAAAUCUUGGAUAUAUGAGGUUCCCCUACCCGUAUUGCACCACCUUCGAGAGAGUCUAAACGCUUUGACUCCUGGUGAACCCUUCCCUGACGACCUUUUAGAGCGUUUUGAUGCGCCGGUUAUCGCUGGCACCAUUAAACUGUGGACCUUGGAACUUGAUCCCCCUUUGGCCUUAUAUGAGGGUUGGGAAGAAUUUCGUAGGCUCUACCCAACAGUGGGUGCGACAGCAAAGGAACAUGACGAGGAGUCGGAAGAGUUAAGAUUACAGAAUUUGGGUGCUGCUUUGCAAAGGUUGCCAAGAGUUCAUCUGUAUGUUCUCGAUGCUAUCAUAAAACACAUCAAGAUCUUGAUUAAGGACACCUUCACGGAGGAAUCCGACGAUGUUUAUAUCGCAAAGCUUGCUCUUUCCAUUGGUCGCUGCUUUAUCAGACCUAAAACCGAGUCCGAGAUCUCAAUUCAAGAUCGUCAUCCCACCCUUUUGUUUAUUGAUCUUGUCAAGAACUAUGACGUACUCCUCCCACCAACCAUUGCACGCAAGAAACGGGAAUCGGAGCGAAAAGUUCCAAUCAGGAAGCGCACUGCGCCUGUUGAUAUGCGUCUGAGUAGAAGCAGAAUUUCCGUGGGUGCCGAUGCAAAACAACUUCUUGCUGCGCAACAAGUUGCUCAGAAUCCAUCCCUUGUUAAAUCUGCUAAAUCCCCAGAACUACCGCCUUUACCACCUCCGGUAUUGGCUGCUGCCGUCUCCGUGUCGCCUGCACAACUUCCAACGGUCACUCAGCUACCGCCACCGCCACCCCCUCCGUCGAUCGUGGAAAAGCUAAAGACCCCACCACCUCCACCCAUCUUGCCACCGCCACCUCCGCCUGUAGCCAACAUCGAUCAAGGUCUACCACCUCGGCCUUCGUUUAAAGAACCCCCACCGGAAGAUGAUCAUCUCCCUCCGCGGCCCAGUUUCAAGGAACCUCCUCCAGAAGUCGACGAGCUGGCUCCCCCAGUGACACAGCCUGCUGACCUCCCCACCAAGGAACUUGAGGUCCCUAUUGCACUUACACCGCCUCUCCCUCCUCCGACCCCUUCGAUCAUCGCCGCAACACCUCAGAAGCGAUUCAGUGGAAGCAAUAGCCCUAAGGUCACAUCUCGAAGUCCUUCACCACCGGAUGGUGAUGUCGUUCUGGGCACCGGGAAAUCAACCAUCUCUCGCUCAGGUUCAGCGCAAUCAACAACAUCGGCUGGUCUUCGGGGUCCCAGACUUGCACGAGGACCAAGACCUCCGUCGAGUGGAAAUGUGCAAAGUUUGGUCCAGAACUUGAAUCGGACAAGCGUUUCUGGGAGUCAGCCAAGUAACGCUAAUCCAUCCACAAAUCAGAGGAUCAACAGAUUAUCUGGCAGCCCCGUCCGACGACCUUCGAGCGUGGUUGGGAGAUCGGCGGCAUUUUCAAGGCGAACAAUGGCUAGUGAUGCUGAAGACGAUGUGGUUGAUCGAAAGUGA